AUGGUACUCUCUCAUAGAGAUCACAGGGAUCCUUCAAUUUGGCAGCAGAAAACCCAAGCGGAGAUACUUAUUGAGAUGAGAGCCGAGUUCCAGGGAUGGGACUCACAACUCACCAAAAUCAUUGAGUUGAUCGACAAUACGGUCAAGUGGCCUUUAAUGGCAGGCGUCCCUCUGGAAAACUGGGUGGCAGAGUCUGGCCGUCUUGUGAUUCUCGGGGAUGCAGCACAUGCUAUGUUGCCCUACAUGUCCCAGGGUGCAGCCAUGGCAGUCGAGGAUGGCGCUGCUCUGGCGGUGGCUCUUAACAACAUCUCGAGUCGGGAGCAACUGGGCCUUGCGCUGGAGAUUUUCCAAAAGGAACGAAAACAACGCACCUCCAUGAUGCAGGAGGCGAGCAUGGUUAAUGCUCUGCUGUUACACUUCAAAGAUGGGCCUGAACAGCGAGCCAGAGAUGCCGCAAUGCGACCUGAAGUGGAGGGUCGCAAGUUUGCCACCAGUCCGAACCAGUGGUCUGAUCCACUGACACAAUCUUGGGCUUACGGCUAUGACGCAGAGGACACGAUGUUGGAAAAAUGUAGGUGUGAGACAAGCCCCUUCAUAGCCUGA